AUGGCACAGCUGCUGCUGCCACCCGGACCAGACAGCUUCCGUCCGUUCAGCCGCGAGUCACUCAAAGCCAUCGAGAAUCGCAUCCGCGAGGAGGCCCAAAACAAGCCAAAGGACAAGCGGGCCAAAGAUGACGAGAAUGCCCCGAAACCCAAUAGCGACCUGGAGGCGGGGAAAAUCCUGCCCUUCAUAUACGGGGACUUGCCCCCUGAACUGGUGUCCACCCCUCUGGAGGACAUGGACCCUUAUUACAGCAACAAAAAAACCUUUAUAGUGUUGAACAAAGGGAAGACAAUCUUCCGCUUCAGUGCAAAACGCGCUUUGUAUAUUUUAAGCCCCUUCAACCCCAUUAGGAGAAUUGCUAUUAGAGUUUUGGUGCAUCGAUUGUUCAGCAUGUUGAUCAUGUGCACCAUCUUAACCAACUGUGGGUUUAUGACACAGCCUUCGAAUCCAAAGCCUGUGGAGUACACAUUCACCGCAAUAUAUACUUUUGAAUCCCUCAUUAAAAUUCUUGCAAGGGGCUUUAUUGUGGAGCCGUUUACCUUUCUAAGGGAUCCAUGGAAUUGGUUGGACUUCUGUGUUAUUGUCAUGGCGUAUGUAACAGAGUUUGUAAACCUAGGCAAUGUUUCAGCUCUGCGCACUUUCAGAGUAUUGAGGGCUUUGAAAACUAUUUCAGUGAUCCCAGGUCUGAAGACUAUUGUAGGAGCACUCAUACAGUCAGUGAAGAAGCUGGCUGAUGUCAUGAUACUCACCGUGUUCUGCUUGAGUGUCUUUGCUCUGAUCGGGCUGCAGCUCUUCAUGGGCAACCUUAAGCACAAAUGUGUCAAACUGAAAUACGACAAAAACGAAAGUGCAUCAGUGAAUCACAUCAUAAGUGACUCAAACUAUAGCUCGGACCCAGAAAACCACUACUUCAUCCGUGGCCAUAAAGAUGCCUUGCUGUGCGGGAAUGGCAGUGGAGCUGGGGUAUGCCCAGACGGCUAUUGGUGCUAUAAAGCGGGCAAGAACCCAGACUACGGGUACACAAGCUUCGACUCUUUUGGUUGGGCCUUCCUGUCUCUGUUCAGGCUGAUGACCCAGGACUGCUGGGAGCGACUCUACCAGCAGACUCUCAGGGCAGCAGGAAAGCCCUACAUGAUUUUCUUCAUCCUGGUCAUCUUCUUGGGCUCCUUCUACCUGGUGAACCUGAUCCUGGCUGUGGUGGCCAUGGCCUACGACGAGCAGAACCAGGCCACCAUAGAGGAGGCCCAGCAGAAGGAGGAGGAGUUCCAAGCUAUGUUGGAGACGCUGAAAAGACAACCGGAGGAGGUAAAAAGCGAGUUACAGAAUAACUUGAUCUAUUGCUUACUUGACGGGCUAUCAUCGUCAUCUUCCAACGUCUCGAGAUUCAGUUCCAAAAGUGCCAAGGAGCGCCGCAACCGCAGAAAACGCAGAAAAGAUGGGGAGAGGGGUGGCAGUGAGCGGUCACACAAUUCCGAGUCGGAGGACAGCAUCAGAAGACCCUCUCUCCGUUUCCUGGACAGGAACAACCGCCUUUCCUUUAAGGAGCAUCCUUCAUCCCCACAUCAGUCGAUCCUUAGUUUCCAAGGGUCCAUUUUGUCACCCAGACGGAACAGCAGGAGUAGUGUCUUCAGUUACCGUGGCGGGGCAUUGGAAGAAACUGGUUUUGCUGAUGACGAGCACAGCCCCUUUGACAAGGGCAGCCGGCAUGGCUCCUUCUUCCUGCCACGCAGGCCCCGCUUUAGUGAGACCAGCGUCCCCUCCCUUAUCCUCCGACCAGCCAACGGCAAGAUCCAGAGCUCCGUGAACCACAAUGGGAUAGGGUCCCAGGUGGCCGGAGGGUCGCUGCCCUCAUCACCUGCUCACCUUCGCUUGCCUGUGGAUUCUCCUGGCAGUGGUUCCUUCAGGAGGGUCCGAUAUGGUUCUAACUCAGACUUUUUAGAUGACCUGGCUAUAAGGCAAAGAGCCCUGAGCGUGGCCAGUAUUAUCACCACAGUGGAAGAACUUGAAGAGGCAAGACAGAAGUGCCCUCCAUGUUGGUUUGAGCAUGCCAAAGCUCUUCUCAUCUGGGACUGUCCCUCAUGGGUGAAGAUCAAGCAAACUGUCAACCUUAUUGUGAUGGACCCUUUUGCUGAUCUAGCCAUAACCAUCUGUAUAGUCUUAAAUACAGUGUUUAUGUCAAUGGAGCAACAUCCAGGGUCAGAACUGUUAACACGUGUUCUCUAUGUAGGGAACCUGGUAUUUACAGCAAUCUUCACUGGUGAGAUGGUUUUGAAGAUUAUAGCUAUGGACCCAUACUAUUAUUUCCAAGAUAGCUGGAAUAUAUUUGACAGUGUUAUUGUCAUCUUGAGCUUGAUAGAGCUUGGGCUGGCAAAACUAUCAGGGAUGUCUGUGCUCAGGUCUUUCAGAUUGUUGAGGAUCUUCAAACUUGCCAAGUCAUGGCCCACUCUGAACAUGCUGAUCAAGAUCAUAGGGAACUCAGUAGGCGCCCUGGGGAACCUCACCUUGGUGCUGGCCAUUAUUGUCUUCAUCUUUGCUGUGGUUGGCAUGCAGCUGUUUGGCACAAGCUACAGAAAAAAUAGAUGCAAAAUCAUUCACAGUAAUGACUGUGACCCCAACUGUACUGUGAAUUGUUUUCUGCCUCGCUGGCACAUGCAUGACUUUCCCCAUUCCUUCCUGAUUGUGUUCCGGGUGUUGUGUGGCGAGUGGAUUGAGACCAUGUGGGACUGCAUGGAGGUCCACGAGGGCCAGGCCAUGUGUCUCACUGUCUUCAUGAUGGUCAUGGUCAUCGGAAAUUUGGUGGUCCUCAACCUCUUUCUUGCGCUGCUGCUCAGCUCUUUCAGUGCUGACAACCUGACGGCUGUGGAAGACGACAGUGACACAAACAACAUUCAGAUAGCCAUGGCUCGGAUCCAUAGGGCCAUUGCUUGGGUGAAGCUCAAGGUGCGUCUCUCCUUUCGGAGCCUUUGUGUGAGAAAAAAGAAGCAAAAGAAGCCCUUGGCCAUGGUCAAGUCAGUGGACAGCCGCACCAACAAUGGAAUGGACAAUGGAAUCUAUUUUCCCAACCACACUACUGUUGAGUUCAUCAAAGACCUGGACUGUUGGAAGGAGAGUAACGGAGUGGCUGCAGGGUUGGAGGACACGGCAGAGAACUACAUCAGGUCCAACGAGGAUGUGUAUUUGACUUUCGUCAGUAAUCCUGACGUAACUGUCUCAGUGCCCAUUGCUGCAGGCGAAUCGGACUUUGAGAACCUCAACACGGAAGACUUCAGCAGCCUGUCCUCUGACAUAGAGGAUGACAUCAAAGAGAAACUGGAGGACGACGGUGCGUUUAGCUCCUCAGAGGGUAGCACAGUGGACAUCAGACUCAGUGGAGAGUCAAUGGACCUGGAGAUGGAGGAGUCAAUGGACCCUGAUCCUUGCUUUACAACUGGUUGUGUCCAGAGAUUACCCUGCUGUCAGGUUGAUAUAGAAAAAGGUAUCUGGAAGUCGUGGUGGACCCUGAGAAAGACAUGCUUCAGAAUCGUGGAACAUAACUGGUUUGAGACCUUCAUCAUCUUCAUGAUCAUGCUCAGCAGUGGGGCACUUGCUUUUGAAGACGUUGAACUUGUCAAUAGGCCAAGGAUAAGGAUUAUCCUGGAAUAUGCCGAUAAAGUAUUCACCUACAUAUUCAUCUUGGAGAUGUUGUUAAAGUGGGUGGCCUAUGGAUUUGCCAAAUACUUCACCAACUAUUGGUGUUGGCUGGACUUUGUUAUUGUUGACAUCUCUAUAAUCAGCAUGGUGGCCAAUGCUCUGAACUGCAACCAAGGGGCAAUUAAAUCCCUGAGGACACUGAGGUCUCUGAGACCUCUCAGAGCCAUGUCACGCUUCGAGGGCAUGCGGGUGGUGGUGAAUGCCUUGCUGGGAGCGAUUCCUUCUAUCUUCAAUGUCCUGCUGGUCUGCCUCAUCUUCUGGCUAAUUUUUAGCAUAAUGGGAGUCAAUUUCUUUGCCGGAAAGUAUCACUAUUGUGCCAAUGCUACAACUGGAGAACAAUUUGAUUGGGAAGUAGUUCCGAACAGGAACAUGUGCAGUCAAACACAUGGGGCUCGUUGGAAGAAUGUCAAGAUUAACUUUGACAAUGUGGCGGCAGGCUAUUUGGCAUUAUUGCAAGUGGCAACAUAUAAGGGCUGGAUGGCGAUCAUGUAUGCUGCUAUAGACUCACGUCAAACCGAUGACCAGCCGAAGUACGAAGCCAAAAUGAUUGCGUACGUCUACUUUGUUGUGUUCAUCAUUUUCGGUUCAUUCUUCACCCUCAACCUCUUCAUUGGUGUCAUUAUCGACAACUUCAAUCAGCAGAAGAAAAAGUUCGGAGGUCAGGAUAUCUUCAUGACUGAGGAGCAGAAGAAGUAUUACAAUGCCAUGAAAAAACUUGGAUCCAAGAAGCCCCAGAAGCCUAUUCCUAGGCCAUCAAACAAGAUACAAGGAUUUGUCUUUGACCUUAUAACCAAGCAGGGCUUUGAUAUUUUGAUCAUGGUUCUUAUAUUUCUUAAUAUGGUAACCAUGAUGAUCGAGACAGACGAGCAAUCCAAUGAGAAAGAGCAGAUCCUUGUCAAGAUUAACUUGGUGUUCAUUGUACUGUUCACCUCAGAAUGUGUAUUAAAGAUGAUUGCACUUCGCCAUCACUAUUUCACUGUCAGCUGGAACGUAUUUGACUUCAUUGUCGUCAUCCUCUCAGUAGUUGGUAUGUUUCUAGCAGAAGUGAUAGAAAAGUAUUUCUUCUCGCCAACCCUGUUUAGAGUGAUUCGUCUUGCGAGAAUUGGACGCAUCCUACGCCUGGUCAAAAGUGCCAAGGGAAUUCGGACACUUCUGUUUGCUCUGAUGAUGUCAUUGCCGGCCCUGUUUAACAUUGGCAUCCUCCUCUUCUUGGUGAUGUUCAUCUACUCCAUCCUGGGCAUGUCCUUCUUUGCCUACAUAAAGAGGGAGGACGGCAUAGACGACAUGUUCAACUUCGAGACGUUCGGCAACAGCAUGAUCUGCCUGUUUCAGAUCACCACCUCGGCUGGGUGGGACAGCCUCCUGUCGCCCAUGCUCAACGACGAGCCAGACUGCAACAGGACAAAGGAGAACCCCGGCAGCCGCAUCAAGGGCGACUGUGGCAACGCGGCAGUGGGCAUCGCCUUCUUCGUCUCGUACGUCAUCAUCUGCUUCCUGAUCGUGGUCAACAUGUACAUCGCCGUCAUCCUGGAGAACUUCAGCGUGGCCACGGAGGAGAGCGCCGAGCCGUUGGGCGAGGACGACUUUGAGAUGUUCUACGAAGUGUGGGAGAAGUUCGACCCCAAGGCCACGCAGUUCAUCAACUACGACAAGCUGUCGGACUUUGCCAACGCGCUGAACCCGCCGUUGCGCAUGGCCAAGCCCAACGCGGUGCAGCUGAUCAACAUGGACCUGCCCAUGGUGAGCGGCGAGCGCAUCCACUGCCUGGACAUCCUGUUUGCCUUCACCAAGCGCGUGCUGGGCGAGGGUGGCGAGCUGGACGUCCUGCGCGGCCAGAUGGAGGAACGUUUCAUGGCCUCGAACCCCUCAAAGGUUUCGUACGAGCCCAUCUCCUCCACGCUGCGCCGCAAGCAGGAGUUCAUGUCGGCCAUCCUCAUCCAGAGAGCCUUCCGGAGGUAUCUGAUCCGGAGGACUGUCAAACAGGGCUCCAGCAUAUUCAACUACGAGAGCGACGAAGAGGAAGAAGAAGAGUGCCCGCCGGACAAAGGCUCCACGGACAAACUGAACGAGAGCCCCGUGUCAGCCCAGGGCUCGGACAGGAGCCCGUCCACGCUGUCCCCACAGUCCAGUAAUAGUGUCAGAGGGCCAGAAAAGGACAAGUAUGAGAAGGACAAGAGGGAGAAGGAAGUGAAAGGCAAAGACAAUGAACAGGAGAGUAAAGGAGAUAAAUGAUACCAUGUGGUAUCAUUGCGUGGCUAAAACAAAAUUCUCAGCCCUUGAAGGUUACCUUCAUGGAAUCUAAUCCCUUCAAGCCUUUGGAUGUCCUAUGUCAAAAAACAGCAUCUGCAGAUAACUGCAAUUAAAACGGACUGUUUGUGGUAUUCUUAGGCAUUUGGGGGAAAACAU